UUAAAAUACCACAUGUUGUUCUCUGAGCAAUAUAUAAACUAUAUCGCUAUAUAAAAGUCUACUGAAAAAACGUAUCCGAUCGUGCAACAACUCCGAGAGGAAUGAGAGGUACCGUGGAUGUCUUGACUCAUCCCAGUGAAAGCCGCGGGGUCACAAAGACUGAGAGCGCACGGGUGGAGUGUCCAGCUGGAAAAGACCGUAGAGAAAAAAGCUGUCAAAUGUGGAAGGAGAGCGUGGAUAAAAUGAGUUAUGAUGAUAAACCCAGCAUUGUCAGCCACGGCCUUUAUCAUGUUCUCCACCUCUCCUGUGAAGACACUGUGUGUCAUAUGACGUGUUGCGAGGGUGCAGCAGGCUUCGCCAGUCUCCACAGUAGCGGUAACGUGCAGUUCUAUCAUCCUGAUGGUCAUCUAAGGGACCCAACGUUUUGCCCAUCCCUAACCAUUCAUUAUGCUGGCAUCACCUCCACCCAGCUCCCAGGCAGACUGGUUGGCUGGGGGCCUGGGGCCAUUCUCACCCUGGUAGAUACAGAACUGAAACCCCUUGUUCAUGCUGUGGAGCCCAUGGAUGUGAGGGUGUGCAAGGUUUUAGAGCAUUCUAAUGAGCUAGUAACAGCUGGAAUGGGAAAUGUGUGUGUGUGGUGCCUAACACACCUAUUGUGUCGCACACGGGUAGUGGAGGGUUUGGGGAAACACAUUGUUCCUACGCAGCUAGCACUGGUACCUAACAGGGCUCAUCAGGGCCCCAGAGUACUUGCAGCAUACGGAGGAGCUGUGGUUGUGGUGGAUCUUACAGAUGGAUGCAUUAUGGAACACAAGAAGAACCUCCAUUUACGGGAAAUCACAGGGUUGGUCUACUGUCCCAUUAGGGAGAUUGUAGGUACUGCAUCAGAUACAACAAUCAGAGUGUGGGGACCAGACUGGGAGCUUCAAAUGGCCUUUGUGGGACACACGGCUCUUGUCACCUCUCUAGUUCUGUGUCCUGUCUCUGGCUUGUUAUUUUCAUCUUCUCUUGAUGGUACAUUGAGAAGCUGGAGGCUCGAAGUUGGAGACCAGCUCCAGACCAUAUCUAUUCCUAACGGAUAUGCAUCUCCCCUGGCCAUGGGUGGCCCAGACAGUGCUGGCAUGUUCUUCUCAUACUCCACAAACAGUGUGGACUUCUGGACCUUCAACUGCCUCUACAAUCUACACUGCAGUUUGGGAGGGGCCCUGGGAGGUCCCGUCCGCCAAAUCUUGGCCCCACCAAAUCCCCCUUCCUUUCCAGCUUUUGUACUUUGUAUCCAUGGAAACAGUGGUGUCACAGUUGUUGUGGCACAGACGGGUGCAGUACUCACAAGAUUCAAAGCCAAGCAAAGAGUGAGGUGUGCUGAUUAUUGUGUGCCUAAAGAGAUUUUAUUAGUCCUCACUGAAGACGGGGUGGUAACUACUGCUAGUACACUGACAAAUCCAGUAACAAUACUAGAUAAGUGGGAUGGGAUAGAGCAAUGGGAAUGGAAAAAUGGGAAAGUGGAGGCAAAUAUAGGCAAGGUAUCCUGCAUGGUGUUAUACAAUCACAUUACAGAUACACAAAGUGCACAGGAAGAAUGGAAAACCAUGCAAAUGCAAAGACCACAGAGGCCAAAAAAGAUUAAACUUCUACAUGAUGUAAAAAACAGGUUUCUGGUUAUACUGGGACAUUGUGGUGGUUGUGUGUCUGUGUUGAAUGUGUGUUCAGGAAAAGUCCAGUACAGAACCCCUGCUCACAACAAUCAAGACAUCACCAGCAUACAGGCAUACCCUGACAGUGGCUACCUACUGACUGCAGGCAAAGAUGAAGCUGUGUUGGUGUGGCGAGUGUUCCCAUCUGCUCAGCACUGUUUAAGUCUCCAUUUCAGUGUUUUCUGUGAUCUGCCUCCUCUUUUGAUGGCACUGAUGGGAACCCAACUAACCCUCGCCUUACAAGAACCUGAAAAUUAUACCUAUAGCCUGGUGCAAUACAACUUAGAGAAGCAGAGCCGAUAUGACCACCCUUUCAAAGAAGACCCUUAUAUCAAAAUCACAGGGCUUUGUGCAUGUCCUCAGCUGAGUGUGUUUGCUUUGAGCAGCCAAAAUGGGACCGUACAGAUCUGGGAUAAGGAAAAUCAACUUCUCAGUAUUCUUGAGCUGAAUAUAGAGCCUGAGUGUUUGGCAUACUGUGAAGAGAGUGGAGGCCUGCUAUUAGGAAUCACUGGGGACCUCUACAGAAUCCCCUGCGCACAACUACUGCCUCAGGACAGCAGGCUACAAAAAUGUAAAAAAGACUCUGAACUACCCAAGUCCUGGAUCCCAACAAAGAGCCACAAAUGCAGGGCAGAGAGUUGUAAAGGUGCUGAAGAGGACAGUCCUGACAGGCUAGAGAGAAAAAAAGAUCCAGACAUUGGGGCACUGAUGGCAAAACAUAAAGAUCUGGAAUCCCUGCAGAAAGGAGCGGUUGAGUGCAGAAGGAGAAAAACAGCCACCGUCCAAACGAAACAAGAGGCUUUCAACCAGUACAUGCGUCUAAUUUACAGGCAACCCCCUGAUAGAAAUAUUCCAGAGGAAGACAUGUUUGAUGUGUAUGCUGAACUAUUUCCACCUCAACUUCCUGAGCUUCAUCCCCUGACCCCUCCUUCCUUCACAGAGGGCUUCUUCCCCAACCACAGCUUAGCCAAGAGACACAAUUCCCCUAACAAACAGGUCCCACUAGGUUUCAUUCCCAACUCUGUGGUGGUAGGACAACUAUGGCCUGAUAUCAAGGUGGAGAAUGUCAUACCCACAAAAUGUUGGAGAUUAUGCCAUGACUUAGGGCAUGACAUAGGAGAGAGCAAACCAGAUGACAUGCAACUCUUGUAUAAUGAAGAGGAGGAGGAGGAAGAGCCUAAAAUGCAAAAUCUUACACCAAUCAUAAAGACUCCCCCUGAGAAGGAGAGUCCUGUUCCACCUGCACCAGUGUCAGAGAAAGUCAUAUACCCUUUUAGGGCACCAAAACCUCUUCCCCCCAUAAAGCGUCCUACACCCCCUCUGGCUCCUCCCUCUCCUGCAUCAUCUUCUCCUACUCCUGCCCCACCCUCGCCCUCUCCACCUAAACAGCCCCCUCAAUCCCCCUCCAAACAUCUACCAGAGUUCCUUCUGCCGUUUAUGGAUGAGCUGUGGUUUCAGAAGAUGUUUCCUGAUUUGAGUAGUAUUUCAGGAUCUCUAAGCCCCAAGGAAUUUUGUAUGCAUUUGUUGGACUUCAUGGCCUGUUGCAGCAUGGCUGAGAAGCACAGCAUCCUGAAUGCAUUACUCAUGCUAGUACAGCAGGAGGUGUUAGACAAAGAAUCACUCAGCAAAGGAUUGCUGGUUUGCCUGCAAAACAGCAUUCACAAAAAUAUGUCAUUGGAGGAACAACAUUUGGUUGGUGAUCUGUUGAAUUUGAUGCUGUAUCUGAGUCCUGACAGCUCUGAUACCAUUGUGGAGCUACUCGCCGUAUUAGCAGAUAAAGAAGUUGACCUACAGGGUUUAGUGCUGUGUGUGUUGCAGCGUUUGGGUGUGGAUGAAGCUGAACUGUGGUUAUGUCCAGAAUUAGAGCCCUGGAACUCGCUGACAAAGAAUCAGCCUGACCAGCACCACAGCCUUCGAGACAUGGCCUUCCACUGGUUGCUUACCUGGACAGGAAAGUACAAGGUGCACAGUGGGUCAGUAUUCCUGCAAGGUGAAAGAAUAAAAAGUGUCAUCACUCCUGUGGAGGUGCUCAAAUAUUUUUGCUCUGUGCAAAGAGGAAAACAAGCUCGACCAGCACCACCUCCACCAGAGGGCAGGAAAGACACUGUCUUGGUGCCUUCUAGCUUGAACAGACUGAAGCCUAUACAACGUCUAGGAGAGACAUACAGUAUGUCUAGGAUACGAGAGCCUCAAGGACUUUUGAUGCCACCAUUACCAUAUCAACCACUGUUGAUGGGGUUUACACGGUUCCUCUCUCUACCAAUGGCUCAUGUCACACUUUCUUCAUUCCCCCUUUCCUUGGAUUAUCGCAACUUCAAAAAAAACCCACCACACAGAUACUUCUUCCUGGAACACUCUUAUGUACAGUUUUACAGAUAAGACCCAAUUAUUUAUAUAUAUAAAAAAAAUUACUUGAAAGCAUUAAAAGAUUACUUACAAGACUCGAUGCAUCAAAUGACACAAAUCUGUGAAAUUUUUCAAUAAUUGCAUCACUCAAACACAAUCAAUUUGUAAUUUGUGUGGUCAGCAAUGUAUUGUAGUCAACUUUGUUUCUAAAGUGAAUGUCUAGAAACCAAUCCUUUAUAAUCUUGAAGCCUUUCAGUAUAUUUAAUCCAAACAAUUUGAGUUUUGCAACAUAUUGGUUUGUGUUAACAUGAAUCGACACAGAGAAUGCUUGAAAAGCAAUCAGUCUCCAUUGCAACGCUUGUUAAUUGGUAAGAACACAGUUGCAGUAACCCACAACCCAUACUGGCACAUUGUAUAAGUGCUUUUGUAACUUGUGCACAUACCUUGGAUUUUAACAGUAUGUAAAACACGUUGAGGCUAAAAUAAUAUGGAGAACAUAUUACAGAUAUAUAAUUAGAAUGGAAAUACAUUAAUGACCCAGAUAAACAAGACUUUUUCACCUUUAAAGAGAUUUAAAUUAAAAUUAAGUGCAAAGUUUUUUUUUAUACGUAUAUUGUUGAGCUAUCAAUGCCAGAUAAAUACAUUAACAAUCGGCAUUGCACAAUGCAGAAUUACAGCUGGGCCAAGACGAUAAUUAUUUUCCUACCAAAUAUACAGGACAUAUACAGGACACUUUCAUUUUUUAGAUUCACAAAAUGUCGAGAAGCUCUCCUAUUAUAUAUGACUGCAGCUAAGAUUGUUUGCUAGUCUGUGCUUUUCUGUUGCGUGUGCAUUACAAAUUAUCUUACUAGUGACAAAUAAUUCUCAUCUAAUUAUGAUUAUUCUUUUGCAUGUCGGUUAUAUACAGUGUUUUCAUGUAGAAUAGUAGUGAAUCACAUAAAAUAACUCUCUACUCCUUAUGUUAACUUGCGCAUCCACGGGAAGAGUUGACAAAAAGAUAUCUAUUUUUCGGUACAUACAGUAUAUCUUGUAGAUUAUGCCUUUGAUUUUGUAAUAUGAACCAUUCUUUUUUCAAACUACUAGUUAUUGAUUAAAAACAAGGUUGAAUGCUGUUAAUCUGUCAUCAAAAUGCACUGAUAAAUCCCUUAUAUAUAGGGUUAAAUGGAUAAAUGUUGCUUAAAACAAAAAUCUCUGUUUCACUAAGUAAUUUUAAAAGGUCCAUGGAUUACACCAUUUCUCAUGUAUCAUAAACUGUCCUAUUCCACAAGAAGAAUGUCAUUCACUAGUGUUGAAUGUUCAAGCUGUAAUUAUAGGUUCUUCUAGGCUCAUCACUAAGCUCACAUAAAUACAUCUGCACAUAUUAACACUAGUUUGUGUUUCUCUUUCACAUAGUCAUGAAUGUCGUAAAAACAUUUAACUGUCAUAGAAGCAUGACGAACUUUGAACCAAAUAUUUUCCUCACCUUCUCACUUGCUCUUCUUAACCAUAAGUGCAGGGUGGCGGCAAGAGAUCUUUUUUCUUUCUCUGAUGGUAGCUACCUUUUGUAGAACUCUUCUUGUGCAGCACCGAGUCAUACAGUUCCUUGAAUCCUGGCAGUGUUGGCCCAGGGGGAGAGGGAAAGGUAGUUUUCGGACCACCCCCACAUUGACUGCCCGUUCUCCUGGUGGGCCAGCAAUCCUCAAGGACACCAGUGGAUGAUGUUUUUGUGCAUGCAUGUGAUUGAUUGGGUGUGAGUCGUUGGUAUGGAGGCUGCUAUGAGAAAAGGCUGUGCCAGAUUGACAGUGCUACCUGAAUCCAGAAGAGCACUGACACGUUGUCGCUCAACCCUUACGUCCCAAACUAGGGAAUGAGAUGGCUGUUCAUUAUGAAUGGAGCAACUUGCCAACCAGAUCUUGAUGGUUGGUGCUGCUAGGUUGGUGGGAAUCGGCCUCUCAUUUCGACUCAAUACUGCAGCCUGUAAAUCUGGCCCCUUCGCCAUGCAUUGCUCCCGUUAUCCACUCUGAUGUUCUGAUAGAGCAGUGUCUUGGCCAACUCCACAGCCACAAUAAUUUGUCCUAUGGUCUAAGGUUGCUUUUUGCUAACUCUUGGUGAGCGGAGGAACUUAUCCACAACUACCUUCUCUUCUAUUCCCUCUAGUCUCUGAGGGAUUUAACCAUCUUUGCACUAUACGAUUAAGCUGACUCAUGUGAACACGUAUUGGCAUUUGGGGAUUGCAAGUCCAGGCGUGAAACUGCUGAGCUGCCCAACCAAGAUCAUAUUUUAGCCUUUUAAGCUGCAUAGUUGUUAAAAGAGGUGGCUGGUGGGCUUAUUGGUGUGGUCCAGACUUUUCUUCAGUUGUUCAUUUAGUUGUUGUUGCUGCAGGAUGACCUGCACAAGCAUUGGGACCACAUCUUCCAUUGUUGCUAGUUUUUGCAAGGGGAGAGAAGCUCUGUCAACAUGAGAGAGAUGAUUUAAGCCAUUCUGGAACUUCCAUGAGACUGAGUUGUUGAAUUAGGACCCCUUCACCAAACAGUAGAACAGCAGUGUCUUCUCAUGGUUGUAAAGCACAACAGUAGCAAAUUAGCAACCACAGCUGACAACUGUUAUGAAUCUGAAUAUGCCAUUAAACCUGAAUGUUCCACUUCAACUACUACACUAGAAUGUGCAAAAUGAUUAACAGCCAGAAAGCACAUCAAAAUCUUCUGACUGGCUGAUCAAAGAAUGUGUCUGCGGCCCAUGAUCACAUUUUUGUUUGCUGUUUACACAGUCUAGUGCCGUCACAGAAACCAGUGAGAUAUCUUUCCGGGUGAAGGAAAAUUUUCUGUAUACCAUUCCAUAAGAAAAAAAAUACAGCACAUUUAAUGCCAGUUUUCAUUGCGAAAACAUGCCAUAAUAAUAGGGGUGUGAGUUCAAUAAACUCUCUUCUGGGCAAUUAUGGUGGAAACAGAAAUUUGCCUUUGUUCUCUCUGUCAGGGCUUCUAGUUCCUGUCUACCAUGGCUUGUGCCACACUUGCUCAAAUCCCCCUUAAAUCUUCAAUGCUCCAAAAACAACUUACCACAUAGACACUUCUUUC